GUUGACUAGGCCUCGGGGGCGACGUUCAUUGACCAGGCGGCUGAGUUUCGCGGGGUCUGCGGGUUUAGGGCGCCGACGCUCUGCAAACAGCAGCGGAGGCCUUAACGCGUCGCGGCCGGGAGAAUCGGAGCGAGCCAGGCCUGAGGGCUAACGUCCCGGGAGGGCUCGUGGCGGCCCUGGCCUCGCCUCCCCCUUUCUCGUUGCAUCUUCCCCGGCGUAGGGGCAGGGGCUGGGGGUGGGAGUUCGGAGCACCGUCUCUGACAACUAGGCCCCGGGGUGGCUGUGCCACCAAGUCGUAGGCGAGCGUAAUGAAAGCAAAGAUAGCAAAUUGUAAGGAGGGCUUUGACUUUUGUCAUCUUCUGAAUGACGCAUAGCUGAUGUCAUCCUAAUUAAGUGCAUUCCCUCCUAGUCUCUGGAAAUGCAAAUCAAACAUGCGAGAUGCGGCACUGCAUUUUUAAUGUUGACCAUAAUGUAAUGAUGAAGCAAAUUUUUAUUUAAUUUUCGAGUCUGCACCUAUUUUGGCCAAGUAAAGACAGUAAAAUAGGGAGAGCCUCCUGAGGAUCUGAAUUUAUUGCCCUGGCGCAUAAUUUUUAGCUCUUUCUCCCUUUGUCUCAUAACCAUGUCCACCAAUGAGAAUGCUAAUACACCAGCUGCCCGUCUUCACAGAUUCAAGAACAAGGGAAAAGACAGUACAGAAAUGAGGCGUCGCAGAAUAGAGGUCAAUGUGGAGCUGAGGAAAGCUAAGAAGGAUGACCAGAUGCUGAAGAGGAGAAAUGUAAGCUCAUUUCCUGAUGAUGCUACUUCUCCGCUGCAGGAAAACCGCAACAACCAGGGCACUGUAAAUUGGUCUGUUGAUGACAUUGUCAAAGGCAUAAAUAGCAGCAAUGUGGAAAAUCAGCUCCAAGCUACUCAAGCUGCCAGGAAACUACUUUCCAGAGAAAAACAGCCCCCGAUAGACAACAUAAUCCGGGCUGGUUUGAUUCCGAAAUUUGUGUCCUUCUUGGGCAGAACUGAUUGUAGUCCCAUUCAGUUUGAAUCUGCUUGGGCACUCACUAACAUUGCUUCUGGGACAUCAGAACAAACCAAGGCUGUGGUAGAUGGAGGUGCCAUCCCAGCAUUCAUUUCUCUGUUGGCAUCUCCCCAUGCUCACAUCAGUGAACAAGCUGUCUGGGCUCUAGGAAACAUUGCAGGUGAUGGCUCAGUGUUCCGAGACUUGGUUAUUAAGUACGGUGCAGUUGACCCACUGUUGGCCCUCCUUGCAGUUCCUGAUAUGUCAUCUUUAGCAUGUGGCUACUUACGUAAUCUUACCUGGACACUUUCAAAUCUUUGCCGCAACAAGAAUCCUGUACCCCCGAUAGAUGCUGUUGAGCAGAUUCUUCCUACCUUAGUUCGGCUCCUGCAUCAUGAUGAUCCAGAAGUAUUAGCAGAUACCUGCUGGGCUAUUUCCUACCUUACUGAUGGUCCAAAUGAACGAAUUGACAUGGUCGUGAAAACAGGAGUUGUGCCCCAACUUGUGAAGCUUCUAGGAGCUUCUGAAUUGCCAAUUGUGACUCCUGCACUAAGAGCCAUAGGGAAUAUUGUCACUGGUACAGAUGAACAGACUCAGGUUGUGAUUGAUGCAGGAGCACUCGCUGUCUUUCCCAGCCUGCUCACCAACCCCAAAACUAACAUUCAGAAGGAAGCUACGUGGACAAUGUCAAACAUCACAGCUGGCCGUCAGGACCAGAUACAGCAAGUUGUGAAUCAUGGAUUAGUCCCAUUCCUUGUCAGUGUUCUCUCUAAGGCAGAUUUUAAGACUCAAAAGGAAGCUGUAUGGGCCGUGACCAACUAUACCAGUGGUGGAACAGUUGAACAGAUUGUGUACCUUGUUCAUUGUGGCAUAAUAGAACCGUUGAUGAACCUCUUAACUGCAAAAGAUACCAAGAUUAUUCUGGUUAUCCUGGAUGCCAUUUCAAAUAUCUUUCAGGCUGCUGAGAAACUAGGUGAAACUGAGAAACUUAGUAUAAUGAUUGAAGAAUGUGGAGGCUUAGACAAAAUUGAAGCUCUACAAAACCAUGAAAAUGAGUCCGUGUAUAAGGCUUCAUUAAGCUUAAUUGAGAAGUAUUUCUCUGUAGAGGAAGAGGAAGAUCAAAACGUUGUGCCAGAAACUACCUCUGAAGGCUACACCUUCCAAGUUCAGGAUGGGGCUCCUGGGACCUUUAACUUUUAGAUCAUGUGGCUGAGACAAAUUUGUUGUGUACUAUGUUUGGUAUUUUGUCUUAUUGUUUCUCUACUAAGAACUUUUUUAAAUGUGGUUUGUUACUGUAGCACUUUUUACACCGAAACUAUACUUGAACAGUUCCAACUGUACAUACUGUAUGAAGUUUGUCCUCUGACUAGGUUUCUUAUUUCUAUGUGGAAUUUCAUAUCUUGCAGCAUCCUGUAAAUAAACUAAAAUUAAAAUCCACCCUUUUCUUGACUUCAC